AUGGAUUGUGAAUUAUUGCUAGCUGGAAAGCAAUUUGAUUGUUAUGUGGUCAUCAUGGAUUUGGUUGUCGCGAAGGAGAUUGUCCAGGAAAUGGAAACAAGAUUUAGUGCUUUGAAGAAUAUAGAUGAUUUGAAUGUUUGUGCUACAUCACAAGACACUAUCAAUGCAAACCAAACCAUAAAAGAUGGCCAAACCAUUGUUUCAGCUCAACAAACAUUUGAGCUCGGGUUCUUUAGCCCGAAAAACUCAACCAACCGUUACGUUGGGAUAUGGUACAAAACAAUAUCAUAUGGAACAGUUAUGUGGGUGGCUAACCGGAACACACCACUCACCAACACCUUAGGAGAGCUAUCUCUUACUUUACAAGGAAUCUUGGUGAUUCGUAAUGCCUCUGGUGAUGUUAUAUGGUCGUCGUCAAUCGGGAGCUCUUUGGUGUCGUUGAAGAAGCCCGUUGCUCAGCUUUUAGAUACGGGUAACUUCAUUGUGCGGCAAGAAACUGAUCAUGAGAAUUAUAUAUGGCAAAGUUUUGAUUAUACUACGGAUACGCUUGUUCCAGGAAUGAAAUUCGGUAAAGAUUUGGUUACAGGGCUUGAAUGGAAUUUUACGUCAUGGAAAACAGAAAAUGAUCCUUCUUUAGGUAAGCAUUGUGUCAGGAUUGAUAUACAAGGAUACCCUCAAAUGAUGGUCUUGGACGGGCCUAACAUCAGAUUCCGGGCUGGUCCAUGGAAUGGUGUUAGGUUCGCUGGGGAACCCAGUUUGAGUCCAAACUCGAUUUAUAAAUAUGGGUUUGUUCUUAACCAAAGAGAAAUGUAUUAUCAUUUUGAUCUUAUAAAUACUUCAGUGGUUACAAGAGUGGUUAUUAAUCAUACUGGUAGCUUUGAAAGAUUACUAUGGAUCGAAAGCAGACAAGAAUGGAUAGUAUAUAUGACUCCACAGACAGAUAAUUGUGACCGAUAUGGGCUAUGUGGCUCUUUUGCAAGUUGUAACAUUAACAACUCGCCGGCUUGUGGGUGUUUGAAAGGGUUUGAGCCCAAGUCACCAGAUCAAUGGAACGUGGCUGAUUGGUCUCAAGGGUGUAGGCGAUCGACCCCUUUAGACUGUGGGCCCAAGGAAGGGUUUAGGAAAUAUUCAAACAUAAAGUUGCCUGAUACACGAUGGUCAUGGUUUGACCAAAGCAUGAACCUUAAUGAAUGUGAGCAAGUAUGCAAAAGGAAUUGCUCGUGUACUGCUUACACGACUCAGAAUAUAAGCGGAAGUGGAAGUGGAUGUUUGUUAUGGUUCGGUGACUUGAUGGAUAUCAGAACACUUACUGAAAACGGGCAGGAUCUUUAUAUAAGAAUGCCAACAUCAGAAUUAGCAAAAAAUAAAAGCUCGAGUGAGAAAAUAGUAAAGAUAAUCGUCCCCCUAAUAUCAGUGUUAUUGAUUACAAUACUUUCUAUUUGUGUACUUUAUCGAUUUAAGAACAGGAUGUCGAUGAUAGCAGGGAUGGAAGUUAUAAUGUAUUUGACAUUGACUCUAGAAUCAGGGACACUUGAAGGCGGAAACAAAUAUGAUGCUGGUAAUGAAAACUCUAACGAUGAUCAACAACUACCAAUAUUGAUUGACUCAAAGGAUGAGCUUGAACUACCAAUAUUGAUAGACUUCUCUAUAUUACAAAAAGCCACCGACAAUUUUUCAGAAAACAAUAAGCUUGGAGAAGGUGGUUUUGGUCCUGUGUACAAGGGUGUGAUGGAGAACGGAAAGGAAAUUGCAGUGAAACGGCUAUCAAGAAGUUCAAAUCAAGGACAUGAUGAAUUCAUGAAUGAAGUUAUCACUAUUUCCAAACUGCAGCAUCGGAAUCUUGUAACGCUCUUAGGCUGCUGCAUCAAGGGGGCAGAAAACAUGUUGGUCUAUGAAUACAUGUCAAACAAAAGCCUGGACUUCUUUAUCUUCGAUGAAAAUCAAAGUACAGUACUAGAUUGGCCUACUCGUGUUCACAUUAUAAAGGGAAUUGCCAGGGGUCUUCUUUAUCUUCAUCGAGAUUCUAGAUUGAGAAUAAUCCAUAGAGAUUUAAAAGUCAGCAACAUUUUGCUUGACCAUGAUAUGGUCCCGAAGAUAUCAGAUUUUGGGAUAGCCAAAUGCUUUGGAGGAAAUCAGAUAGAGGCAACCACAGAAAGAGUGGUUGGAACAUAUGGGUACAUGGCACCAGAAUAUGCAGGGGACGGUAUGUUUUCAAUAAAAUCAGACGUAUUUAGCUUCGGUGUUUUGGUGCUGGAGAUUGUGAGUGGAAAGAGAAACAGAGGAUUUAAAAACGAAGAACAUAGUGACAACCUUAUUGGUCAUGCAUGGAGACUCCAUAAAAAAGGCAAAUCGUUGAAACUGGUUGCAACAUCUUUAUACGAAUCAAUCAACUUAUCAGAAGUAUCGCGGUCAAUCCAUUUGGGAUUAUUGUGUGUUCAGCAACGUCCAGAAGAUAGGCCAACAAUGGCUUCCGUUGUUCAAAUGUUUAGCAGUGACGGUGAACUGCCUCCACCUAAGCCACCUGGUUUCUUUCAUGAAAAUGCCACAGAAGAUACAAUUUAUACUAAUUCAACUAUCGAUGAACUUACUGUCACAAUGAUGGAAGCUAGAUAGUAGAUAUAUACUGCCUAAGUGUAAAAAAAAAUUGUAUUCAACUUGUAACAUUUCGUUAACGUAUGUA